CCCAGCUCGGGUGAUCGGAAGUUCUCCGUGGACGCGGGGCGGCUGAAGGCUCCGGAACUGCGCCUGCGCUUUUCAGAGUAUUGUAAGGAUUGAGAUGACAGGAGUGUGUAUGGCCCGGAGAAUUCCUGAAUAAAUAUAUGUUGCCUUCGACUGUGAAGAGUUUUAAAGAUGUCUGACAAGAACCAGAUAGGUGCCAGAGCUUCCCUUAUUGAGCAACUGAUGUCUGAAAGGAAGUUUGAGGAUCUUGGCAACCACCUUACUGAGCUAGAAACAAUUUAUGUGACUAAGGAGCAUCUCCAGGAGACAAAUGUGGUCAGAGUUGUGUACAGAGUCCUCAAAAACUGCCCCUCUGUGGCUUUGAAAAAGAAAGCCAAGUGUUUGCUAUCGAAGUGGAAAGCUGUUUAUAAAGAGACUCACUUCAAAGCAAGGGACAGCCCUAAAUUACUUCCUGUGAGGGGUAAUAAAGAAGAAAAUUCAGGACUUUCUCACCCAAGUCACGAUGAGACACUGGGCAUCUGCAGCUCGAAUUCUCUAUCUUCCCAAGACGUUGCAAAACCUAGUGAAAUUAUUGUGCCUGAAAAUGGAGCCAUUCAAUUGAAACCUAAGGAAGAGUAUUUUGAGGAUGGUGACCCUGAAUCCACUGGGAAGAGAUCAAGUGAGUUGCUGGACCCAACACCCAUGAGAACUAAAUGCAUAGAGCUUCUUCACUCAGCUUUAACUACUACUUCCACAGAUCAAACCAAAACCGAUAUGUGGCAAAACUUUGCAAGAGAAAUUGAAGAGCAUGUUUUUACCCUUUAUUCAAUGAACAUCAAAAAAUAUAAAACUUGCAUCAGAAGCAAAGUUGCCAAUUUGAAGAACCCCAAAAAUUCUCACUUAAAACAAAACUUGUUCUCUGGGACCAUGUCUCCACAAGAAUUUGCUGAAAUGACUGUCAUGGAGAUGGCUAACAAGGAACUGAAGCAGUUGAGAGCCUCCUACACAGAAUCUUGUAUCCAGGAACAUUACCUUCCCCAAGUGAUUGAUGGCACAGAGACAAAUAAAAUAAAAUGCAGACGUUGUGAGAAAUACAAUUGCAAAGUCACUGCAAUUGCCAGAGGAGCACUUUUCCUUCCCACCUGGGUGCGGAAUUCAAACGCAGAUGAACAAAUGAUGACUUAUGUAAUUUGCAAUGAAUGUGGGGAGCAGUGGUACCAUAGCAACUGGGUGUGCUUGUAACUGUAAAUCAGUGUUCUCUUAACAAAUAACCCAAGUGAUACCUUUUA